AUGUGGAUCGGGUCAGCCGUCUCCAGCGGCCGAGCCGAACAUCUCGAGCGGGCUUUACACAAACAGCACGGGCCCCUCGUUCGCAUCGCCCACAACGAGGUCUCCGUGUCGGACCCGUCAGCAGUGAAGAUCAUCUACAAUAUCAAGUCCGGUUUCACAAAGACCGACUUUUACCCUCCUUUCGCUCCCAACGUCAGUCCACAUGGGGACCUCUUCACGCAACUCGACGAGGUCAAGCACGCCGACCGGAGGAAGUACGUCAACGCGGUAUACUCCAUGUCCACGAUCCUAGAAAGCGAGACGUACAUCAACGCGUGUACGGACGUGUUUCUCGAAAAGAUGGGACGAUUUGCGGCGGAGUCCAAAGAGAUCGAUUUCGGUGAAUGGAUACAGUGGUGCUUCGGUUUCAUGCGAGACGAGCAUGACUAUGGAAGAUAUAUCCAAAGUCUGGAUACUUUACUUCCCGGAAUAGCUUUGUCAUGCGUGCUGCCGGCGUGGCUGCGACCUUUCCAUUCGAGCAUCGGCAUGAUUUUCCCAACCAUCCGAGACUCAAUUCGAGGCUUUGACGAGAUUCGAGCUGCAGGGAGAUCAUGGACCAACGUCCGACGGGAGCAGAUGAAAGCCGGCACCGUCGAAAGGGUGGACUUGCUCGAUAAGCUCUUCAAGAUAAUGGAAAAUAAAGAUGGGUUCGGUAUCCCCGAGAUACAGAAUGAAGCCUGCGUUGCCAUUUUUGCCGGUAGCGACACAACGGCUAUUGCCAUCAGAUCAAUCUUCUAUCAUCUAAUGCAACGUCCAGAAUGUAUGCAAAAGCUUGUGGCUGAGAUUGAUGAAUUCACUGCCCAGGGGCUGUUGUCCGAGCCGCACAUUCGAUACAACGAAGCAAUAAAGAUGCCAUACUUGGUCGCCUGCUGCAAGGAGGGUAUGCGGCUUCAUCCAAGCGUCGGCCUUGGAAUGCCGCGCCAUGUACCUGCCGGUGGGGUGACCAUCUCUGGUCGGUACUUCCCCGCUGGGAGUCGUGUGUCCAUCAACGCGGCCGUUUUUCACUAUGACGAGUCCAUAUUUGGACCUGACGCGGCCGAAUUCAACCCGGAUAGAUGGAUCAAGGGCGACGCCUCUUUGAUGGAUCGGCAUAUGCUUCACUUCGGAGGUGGUUCGAGAACUUGUAUUGGCAAGAAUAUCUCUCUUGCUGAGAUGCACAAACUUAUUCCAGCCUUCUUGAGGAGGUUCAAGGUCGAGCUUGCCGACCCAAAAAGAAGUUGGAAAACUCAAAACUACUGGUUCAACAAGCAGACAGAUAGUCCUCGCAAAUCAGUGGAAGUGCGCAAGCAUCCAUUGGCGCCCAUGUUCCAUGGUACAAUGCAGUGCGUGACCAAUGGAGUGGUGUUGGCUGAGGGCAGAGCGUUGGGUCGUAGUAAUCAACAGAAGCCGAUGGACCGUUUUGGCGUGCACUUCGCUCAGUUCGGUGUCGAUGAUUUUCAGUUUCGGCGAGCCUGA